ACUUCGUAUCAGAGCUCAAAAUAGACGCCGUCAUCAUACCUGAACCUAGUUGAGACCGUCCCGCAUCUUGCAAUGCUCGCCUGCACUGGACAAGAGCGUGGCAGGCCACAGCACGACACUGUUCUCCACGGCUGCUGACAUCGCCUGCUUAUUAACCUUAAAAGCAGCAAACAAACAAACAGGUGUCCCACGAGCAAGGGUUUGUGACCGGCGACGAGAAGAGGGGGCUGGCUGCAUCUGUUGCGUGUGAAUUCAUUUCCACAUUAGCAUCCAGUUAGCUAACCGUAAUGUCAGACACUUAACGUAACUAUGAGGGUUACAUUGAAAAUCGCAAAUGUCAGCUGUCAUUUGUUGUGGGCAGUGCUUUACGGGGAUAUCCAGUAAAUACAGGGGUGGUAACGGACUGAUAUAUCACGUCCGUAUAAGAAGAAGGACCCGAAAGGUGCAUGAAUGUUCAGUGUAAUGCUUCGGAGCUAACGGACUAGCUUCGUGGAAACAUGUCGGUAGUCUGAAGAGCGUUGCUUGUCGCUUUACACGGUGCUAGCUAAUAUGGACGAUCUUACUUUCACCAAGGAUCAAUGUGUCUCGCAUCGGAAAAUGCAAUGAGAAGACCGCAAGAGGAAAACCUCUAGUAGCCCGACGCGAUAAUGGAGACUUUCUUGCAGAUAGCUCCCCACUCCCUGGCAAUAGUGCUUUCCAGGGUCGAGACUGGGGAAGCGCCGGGGGCGGCCGGGGUGUCAGAGAGCGACGAAUUGCCGAGGCACCACACAGGCUAUGAUAUUUUUGCCGAUUUCAAAGCAGAAAAUAGCCAGCAACGUGUGUGGAACCAACGGAUUACCGAGGCUAUGUCCGAGACCUUCUUCCUGGGCUGGAUAGACGAGCAUGUGCUGCUGAUCCAGGGGAAAGAGGACCAUCUGGAGGUGUUGAGGGAUGGAUGGAUGCGGAGGUACCUCAAUCCUCCUCGGGGAUUCACCAUCAAAUACCUUGGUGAUGUGUCACCCAUCAGUAUGUCCCCCAUCAGCCAAUCGCAGUUCUUUCCUUUGGGAGAGGUGUUGCUAUUGGCUGUCUCUGCGAUGAACUCUGCCCAUAGGCCUGUCACUCAGGAGGCCCUAACUGAACACCUGCAGACAUGUUUUCCAGGUGUUCCUACGCCAACAGAGGAGGUUUUGCACCACACACUAAGCAUGCUGGUCCAUGAGAGGAAGAUCUACCCAACAACAGACGGAUAUUUUAUUGUAACCCCACAGACUUACUUUAUCACACCCAGCCUAAUCCGAACCAGCUCCAAGUGGUACCACUUAGACGAGAGAUCCAUUGACCGACACCAGCAACACCAGCAGACACAGUGCACCUCACCUCUCUUUGGCACCGUCACCCCAUCCACUUCUGGAGGCGUGUGUGAUAAAACACAGAUUAAGACUAGCCAAAACCAUAGUGCAGGAGGUGGCGCAGGUGGAGAUUCUUUUUACAGCAACCCUUACCGUGGAGACGACCCUCCAAGCCAACACACCAGCCUACAGUGCCGAUUCCCCAUAGACCACCGGGAAGUGUACUCUCCACAAACACCUCCCCAGCAAACAGGAGGCAGCACAGAAAGAAGCCGCAGCACCCUCGGGUUCACCUUCAAGACGGACACUCUAACCAAGCACAGGGGGGGGGGCAAUGGGGGAGGAGGAGGAGGAACUGCAGAGAUAGAGAAACAAGCCAGUGGAGGAAGUGUUACAGGCAGUCGUAAAUUUGGUCUGAAGCUGUUCCGUCUGAGCUUUAAGAAGGAUAAGACCAAGCAAUUUGCGACCUUCUCGGCACAGUUCCCCCCUGAUGAGUGGCCACUCCAUGAUGAGGAGGUUCCCAGCCAGCUGCCACGUCAUGUAGAGAUGGAGAUUAUCCGCAGAAUCAACCCUGACCUUACUGUGGAGAAUCUUGCCAGGCACACAGCCGUCAUGAAGCGUCUUGAAGAAGAGCGUGCUCAAAGAAGUAAAGCCUCUUCAGCCAAUCAGAGCUCUAGGAGUAGGAGAAGUGGAGGUAGACACAGGAAGCAGUCACAGACCAAAUUUAGCCGCUCACAUAGUAAAACAAGGGCAUUGCAUGGUGAGCCAAGUGAUGCAUCCCACCUUGAGCUGGCUGACAGGGACUAUAGAGCCUACUCAUCCUCACUGGCUCGGUCACCAAGGGAACACGGUCUGGCCAUGGAGCGACAGCGGGCUCGUCUUCACCUUGCACACAGCAACCCCAACAUUCUUGACGCCUCUCACCUGCCUGUCACACCGGAAUGGGAUGUGUCUGGAGAGCUUGCUAAGCGAAGAACGGAAAUGCCUUUCCCAGAGCCAAGCCAUGGCCCAUCAGCCCACCACUCCAAAGUCCACCGCUCACACUCGCACACCCAGGAGAGAAAAUCCAGGAAUGAAAGGAGUGACAAGGCCAAGGAACGUUCCAGAUCCAUGGACAAUUCCAAGGGACAGCUCGGAGCAGGGUUGAUCGCACCACCUGAUUAUUAUGAUGACCGGAACCGUUACUAUACUGAUGAUGGUACCCUGCGAGCCAAUCAGAGCUCUUCUCACUACUCUCGUUCCACACCCACCUCAGCUAAGCUUGCUGGGGAUUCUCUGGGGUUGGAUGCUGGUAGGAGUUUAGAGAGGAAUAAGAGCAGGGACAACCUUCCAGCAUACUCACCGAAACCCCUGCCCACUUCUGUUGCUCCUGAUGAUUACUUUCAGUGCUCUGGUUCCUCUGAUGCUGUUCUCAAAACAGCAAAUCCACUGGGAACUCUGGGCAAAAGUUGCCAUGAUGGAUUCAAAGUAGGUAACUCUAACAGGAAGACAGACAGACAGACACCCAACCUUACAGACCAUAAGGAGGACAAAUGGGUGGGACCUAAAGGUGGCAGCCUGCCUCCUAUACCUCUCACUAACCCUGACCCGGCCCUUCCGAAUGGACGGCCUCCCCACAGUGCCUCCUUUGGUCAGGAGAAACGUAAAGAGAUCUUUAGUAAAGACACUCUCUUCAAACCUCCUCCUGGCCUACAUUUGCCUGGCUACAGCUCCCUGAGAAAAACACCUGCCCUUGUCUCUUCUACCCUGUCCUCAUCCUGCAAUGUACUCGAUUCCCAGGAGGCCUUUGAUGCGCCCAGACCUUUGGUGGCCACAACAUCUACCCCCCCACAGGGGCUUGCACCCACGACCAGUACUGCAGAGGCAUCAUUCGACUAUUACAAUGUCUCAGAUGACGAUGAACUUGAGGAGAGUGGGACCAAAAGUCGAGGAGAGGAUGAGAAGGCUGGAGGAGGCAUUGUUGGGAUGGGAGGGGGUGCAGCAGGUACCAUGCAGUGGCUCUUGGAGAGAGAGAAGGAGAGGGACCUACAGAGGCGGUUUGAAAGAACCCUCACCUUCGCCAGUGCUAAAGAGAGGCUUCCAGAGUCCAGUCAGAACCAGCAGUCAGCCCACUCUGCUAGACUGGACAGUAUGGACUCAAGCUCCAUCACAGUUGACAGUGGAUUCAAUUCUCCACGAACAAGGGAGAGUCUAGCAUCUAACACCUCUUCCAUAGUGGAGAGUAACCGUCGUCAGAACAUGGCAUUGAGUCCUGGACACCUCAGCAUCACUCCUGGCAACGGUCCCCCCUUCUCCUUCCGUAACAUCACAGAACCUACCAGCACCCAACCAGAGAAACUCCAGAAGCCCAGCGCCUGCCUUGCAUCAAUCACCAGCGUCUAGGGACAGAACUAAAGGCUGGGUGGGAUGCUGAAAUCCAAUGGACAAGGGCCAGAAAAUUUAAGUUCCAACCCGAGGACUGUUACACCUUAAGAAGAACAAAUGGAUUUAGCCAGUGGAACUAUAGCUGUUAAAACACACAUACUCACACAAUUAACAGGCCACUGGGCAGUCAUUGUACAGCCUCUUGUUUACACUGCUGUUAUGUUCCUUCACAUACAUUGGUGUGUCCGUGUGUGUGGGCGCACUCUCUUGUACAGCUAUCUUUGUGAGGACCAGUUUGAGUUUAAAACCAAUGGAGUGAAAAUAUUUUGGGAAAGUGGAAACAUUUUGGCCGGUCCUCACUUUGUUGCCCCUAUAAUGGGCUGGGGGUUAAGACUGGUCUCAGUGUUAGGGUUAGAGUUAGGUGUAGGUUAAAGUAACCCCUAGGAUUAGGCAUUUAGUUUGGAUAGUUAAGGUAAGGGGCUAGGGAAUGCACCAUGCCAAUGAGUGUCCACACUUAAAUAGCUGUACAAACGUGUGUGUGUGUGUGAUAUUUGUAUAAUCUGUAAUCUCAGGUCAUGUUUUUUCCACUCCCAUUCUAGCUGCUCCAGAUCAGUACAUCUAACUAUGUGUGACUAGGUAUACACAUUUAAAAGAUGCUGCUCUUCUGUUACUAAUGGUACACACACUGACACUAAUCCAACUCUAGCAUUCUCCACUAAGAGGUACCCUGUAAAGUGUAGCAAACAAAUACACAUUGAAUGAAUCAUCCCUCCCAAAAUGCAAGGUUUUGGUGCUUAGACUUUCAAAUUAAUAACCUGUCACCCAGGCUUAACCCUCUGUAACAUUAAUGUGCCGAUGCCCAUCGGAACUGUGUCAACAUACUUUCCAGUUUUAACUUUAAAUCUCCUCCAUCUUUACAGGAAACCUGAGGACCAGCUCCAGGGAUAAGAUUUUGAUUUGAAAUUAUUUAAUAUUUUCCACAUUUCUGGCCCCCCACUUGACUGCUCAUUCAACAGAUGAAGAUAUAUCAUGUUUCAGCUUUCUGUUGGUUGCCAGAAAUAAUCUCUGCCAUUCAAGCGAGUGUUUCUAAUGUUCACUGACAGAUGUUUUCUCUACUGUACUAUUGUAGCAGGCCAGGUGUGGUUUUAAUAAAAGAUACUUUAUUGAUUA